AUGUCGAUCCGCGACUGGAGAUCCCAAAUGAGCUUCCUCAAGUCAAGUCACCAAAUGAGCAAGAGCGGUUUUUACGCACACCGAUUUACAAUUCUCUCACGUGAGCUGCUCAUGUCAAUUAUCAAGAAGUGGAACACUAAGUUGAUGAAAAAUAGUACUAAUGUUCCUCAUAUCGCCAUGUGCUUUUCGGAUAAUCCAUUUCCCUACGGACCUUUUGUACCACAUCACGUUCCUCGUCAAUAUGUAGCAAGCUAUUUCUCACUUCACGAGACCGAUUCAUUCCUCGAGCUCAACACCACGGUGGAAGAUCUUUCCAGGAUCACGAGCUCUUCGAGUAAAUCUAAGGAACAAUGGAAUCUGACACUUCGAAAAUACGAGCCUGCACGGCAAGUUGAUCUCUGGUGGGAAGAGACGUUUGACGCUGUCAUCUUGGCAAAUGGGCAUUAUUCGGUCCCUUUUGUUCCUCAAGUCAAAGGCUUAGAUGCCUACACGAAGAAAUUCCCAGGACGUGUUGUGCACUCCAAACACUACCGUACGCCACUUCUCUAUUCGAACAAGAAGAUUCUCACGAUCGGUAACUCAGCAUCUGGUCACGAUCUUACCGCCGAGCUGGUAUCCUCGGCUCAUCUCCCCGUCUACCAAUCCAGGAGAUCGAAAUCUAGAUGGGACGGCGAUAAACCUCCGCAUGGCAUUGCAUGGAAACCAAUAAUCCGAGAGUAUAAGCAAGAUGGCAGUAUUAUCUUCGAAGACGAUACAUAUUUGGAUGACGUCGAUACUGUCAUCUACUGCACAGGCUACAAAGCUUCAUUUCCAUUCUGGAAUGAAAAGGCCAAUGGCCGGCCAUUAUGGGACUACGAUGCAGACAAAAUUGUUGGAGGGUACUGGCAUACGUUCUUCCAAGAUUUCAAUACAUUAGCUAUAGUAGGCCUCCCACGCGUGUUGACAUUUAGAAGUUUUGAGUAUCAGGCUAUUGCACUAGCUCGCCUGUUCUCAGGUAGGAAUUCAAAACCGCUUCCACCAUUGGAGGAGCAGGAGAAAUGGGACAGUGAAAGAGGGGAGGAUAGAAGGAAGUCCGGCAAGAAGUUUCAUGAUAUUGAGUGGGAGACUGGGGAGACAAAAGAGUGGCUGGGACGGCUGUUUGAAAUUGCAGGAUUGGGGACGCUGAAAGGAGAGGGGAGGAUACCCCCUGUUUUGGGAAAGGAUUUGGUUUGGGCAUUAGAGCAUUUGAGAAAGUAUCCGGAGCCUGGGAAGGGUCAUGAUGAGGAGGGAAGCCGAGAAGUGGUUGGCAGUUGUGAAGUGAAGAAAGAACAUGAAUGGGUUGUGGUUGAGAGGGAACGGAAGGACUUGCUUGCUUUCAUAUAG